UGAAACUGGCAAUGUGGGAACAUUGCGGGGAAAAAAACAAAAUUCACCCCGGAUUUAUUCUACUUUGAAAACGUCUUAGAGGCACAAACCGGAAGGCAGCUUAGACAGAAGAGUCGUCCCCCUCUUUCCGUACCAGUUGGUACGACACUUGAGCAACCCGAAAUAUUUCGUGAUCUCGCUCUCUGGUGGGGAAGGUAUUGUCAAGCUUGGGUCACAGAGUUGUACAAGAAACAGGAAGGAGAAUUCUUCCAGACUGUGCUGUGCCCGCAGUUGUGCCCGGCCUGGUUGCCAUGGUUUCUGCACCUCCUCUCUGCAACAGUGUACACGACUGGGUCAACAGCGAUCGUAUUCGGAUGUGUGGGAUUAGUGAGGAAAGAAAGGCAUCUUUCGCAGAGGAGGAUACAACCCAAACAGCUACACAGCUGACAAUUAAAGAAUGUUGCAGUAACACUUCUCCUUUACAGGUGAACUCUAAUCAGAUGAGCAAUGAGGAUAGAGAAGAAGGUAACAAGGAAGAUGGCACAUCUUUGGCAAUGUUAGAGAAUAUGGUUGGACGUUGCCCUAUAGACUCCACAUCUUCUGAACUUACAGAUGUGCGACCAGCCGUAUCAAUGGGGUUGUCGAAUCAAACAUCAAACAGUGUUCAAGAUACUCCAUCUGAGGUUGUGGUUUGUGAUGACAGCAGGUACACUCAGUGUAUUGUCUCAAAUAUUCAGGACAAGGCACUAUCAUCAAAUAUAUCCUCUGCAAAAAAGACACUGUCUGAGAAAGGUGAGGAGUCUAAGCUUACUUCAGAUUGCAUUACAGCUAUUCCUGGACAACAGUGGCCUGCAGGGCCUAUGAACUGUCUUCCUUUGCCAAUGAGCCCUUGCUUUAGUGCAACUGGAUCAGCAAAAAGAGCAAGUCUGCCGCUGAAGCAGGCCCAGCCUUUAGUCAAUCUUUCCACAACAUUUCAAUGCCCUUCACUAUUUAACCAAGCUCAGCCUAUGGCAUUUACACCAUCUACAAGCUGUGGAUCACCAUUCUGUAAAAUAACACUUCCUGUGGCAUUGGGAAAGACUGUUGGAAACUCCAAAGAAGCCAAUUCAUCACAAUUAGUACCAGAGCAAAACUUACAAAAUAUAAAUGUUGGCACGAUUACAAAGUUAAGCACAAACCAUUUUAACUUUUCCUUAAGCAGAACACUUUCUGCUGAGUCCAAAUCAUCUUGCAUUUCCGAAAAAUGUACUGCUGCAUCAGGGUUGCCCUCUGUCAUCAAGAGUUCUAAUAUCACCACGGUUUUAUGCACACCUGCUGUUUCUGUGGCUGCACCUUUGUCACUGUCACUUCCCACUAAACAACCUCAGGCAGCAUCAACCCCCCAGCCCUCUCUUCCAUUAGCUUCCCAUUCAUCGGUUUGCCUCAGUGUAACAAACACACAUUCUCUGUCAACCUUGACUGCACACCCUAAGAUUCACAGUGAAAAAGAAAAGAGUUUACUCCACAUCUGUACUGAGACGCCUCCAUUAACUUAUGUUCAGAUGAAAUGUCCACCUUCUCUUGAAGAACAGUCUGUUGUCACUCCUCUUGAAGUUAGAGAUAUACCCCUUGAUUUGUCUGCAAAAUCUAAGCGGCAGAAGGUGGCAAAAGACCUCCGGAAAACGCCGCCUAUGCCAGUGCUGACUCCCAUGGAAGCCACCAAGAAUGAUCUUUCUUCUUUAAAGCGGUUACCAUCGACUCAGGCAGGCAAUUUAGGAUUCACAUCUCCAUUUAUGAUAUUUCCAGACUCUGUAAGAAAUGGUGGAGUGCAUCCAAAAAAAUCUGGGGAUCAGUUGUCUUGUCAGCCCAAGGAAGCUCCUGCAUCCUGGAUUAAGACUCCGUUACACAGUUCUGUUGGAACUGUGCUGGGAACUUAUGUUGGUGUAGCAAACCCAGUUCUUGCUUCCACCUUGCAAACCAAAGAUGGAAAAGGUGGUUUUGUGGAGGAUCUUCAUAGUGUUGCCAAGCAAGAAACAAUCUCAAUAAUUGACCAAAAGGAACAGAAGACUUUGCUUUCUGGUGUUAAAUCAACUCAACAUUUUUCUAAUAAUUUACAACAGAACUGUAUUUCUAAGAAACCUAGCAGUGAUCAUUCAUCUGGAAACGGGCUUGGUUCUACCCAGGAAACAUUUCCUUUACUGGUGACUGUUCCAACUACUUUAUAUUCUCAUUGCAAACUUGGCUCUUCAAAAACCAUAUGUCCACAGUCACAAUCUGUAUUACAGCAGACAAUUCAUAUACCUCUCAAAUGUAUCUCAUCAACACAGACAAAUCUAGUUCAAGGAAAACUCCAAGACCAGUUACCAACUAACAUGAAUGAAAAACAGCCUGUUCCAGACAGUGAACUGACAGAUGCAUUAGGCCUACACCUUUCAGUGACAGAAAAUGAGAACAAAUUAGAAUCAUCUUUAAUAAACCUGGAAACUGUCAUCAAAACUAGAAUACCUGAUACUCCAGUGAGUUCUUCUGUAGGUGAUUAUUGCCAGGGAAAUCUAUCAUGUCAGAAGUCUGGGGGAUCUGGCAGUAAGACUGUGAUCCAUACAACGUCAAACAAAGUGGUACCUUUUGAUUUAAGGGUUGAACCAUGUACUCCAAAACAUGCCACUUGUAAAACUUCUGCAGUAUCCCAUAACAAUGAAGGAACAGUACAUAACAGUGAACAAAACAAAUUGGAAAAUGUUUCAGGAGAUAUGGUCAAGGAAGUCAAAGGUGAUCAUGAUCUCAGCAAUAAGUUCUUAAUAGCUUCCAAGGUGAGUGGCUUUUCUCGCAUAGGCUUUAACUCUAAAGAAGUCCCUUUUCAGGAAUGCCAAAGCUACCCAGAACCUGAACUUUGUGGCAAGAGUGAGGACCAGAAUGAGUUCAAAGGUCUGUCUCCAUGUGUUAAGUUGGAAGGGAUAACUUUGGCCUUUCUUAAUGGACAGUGUACCACUUCUGCCCAUGUGGAAACAAAAAAUGGAACCAAAGAGACUGGGGAUGCAUUGCAGGAGCAGAAAACACAAAAGAUUCCCAAAAAACGUCCAAAACUGAAGAAGACCAGCCAUUCCUCUGACUCAGUAAGAGACAAAGUAAUGUGUACCAAAAGCAUGAAGGAAGAGAAUGGCAAAACAUGUGAAGUGGAUCAUCAAAAAAAGAAGCGAAGGAAAAGGCGAGUAUCUGCAAUUAAAGAGGCUAAGAACAAGCAACCUGUAUGUCAACCACCUGAAGACAAGAGGAGAAAGAGGAGGAGACGAGGAAUCAUACCAAAGACUAAUGGAGUCUCAAAGAAGGAAGAAGAAAACAAUGUUCUGGACAGUUCAUCACUGAUAAAGAAGGAACAUCCUGGUGAAAAUGACAAUAAUACACCUAGACUAGGUAGAGGAAGAAGGUCAACUGCUCUGAAAGACCCCUGGACCAAUCCGUCUAGCCUUCGGCGUAUAUCAACGCACCCUCGAGUGGCCAAAGGCAGACUUCUUGCAAGUGAAAACUUCUAUGCCGAUGAAGACACUGCAGGAUAUGAGAGCUCAGAGGAGAUCCCUAGGAAAAAAAGGAGACGACGCAGGAAUAGGAAGUACCAGAACGGAGAGUACAUUACAGAUCAAGAAGUACAGGAAGAAGCAGAAGAAAGCAUUGUUUGUACCCGAUUGUCGGCCAGAACAGACUUUCAGACUCCCACUGGAUCUUGUCGUCGAAAUCUGCCACAGCUCUGCAAGUGUCCCAGUCCCAGUCCAGUGCAUGUAUCAGGGAACAGGUGUCAGACUCGACUAGGAUCACUGCGCAUUCGAUCGGAAUCUUCCAGUCCUCAGUGUGGAGAUUUGGAACACGCAAGAAAUCUUCUCAAAGAUCAAACAGACAAACCUGCGGGCAAGCGGAAAUGCAAGACUAAGCAUCUAAGUGAUGGUGUUGAAGAGAAGAAGGUUAAGCUGAAGAGAGGACGCUCACUCAAGCGAACUGGGGCCUCAUUUCCUAGCCAGGAUAGCUCAUCUGCCAAGAAGCACCAGGGCAGCAUUUCUCUCUCAUCCCCAAAAGGCACUUUGUCUCCACAUGUUGGGAGAAGGGGGGGUGCAUUAGGGAGGAAUGCGCUAGACACCCCCCCAGGACGACCAAUUCCACCUGAAGCACGAAGGCUGAUUGUGAACAAAAAUGCAGGCGAGACCCUUCUUCAAAGAGCAGCAAGACUGGGCUAUCAGGAGGUGGUAGAUUAUUGCUUGGAGAAGGAACUGUGUGAUGUCAAUCACCGAGACAAUGCAGGCUACACAGCACUACAUGAAGCUUGCGCGCGGGGGUGGAUCAACAUUGUGAAGCUGCUUGUGGAACAUGGAGCUGAUGUCAACUGCAGUGCUCAGGAUGGGACAAGGCCAAUUCAUGAUGCUGUUGCCAAUGAUAAUUUGAACGUUGUCCGAAUUUUGCUGUCUCAUGGUGCUGACCCUACACUUUCUACGUACUCUGGACAAUCUGCAAUGAAACUGGCAAACAGUCCAUCUAUGAAAAGCUUCCUAACUGAGUACUUUGGUGAUUUAGAAGACCGCAGUGAGGAAGAUCCUAAACUUCGAUGGGAUGUUUAUGGUAGUUCUGUAUUUGAGACCGACAAAGAGAUGUGUUGGGAUUUUCUGUUAACUCCACCUUCUGAGGAAGAUGAAACUAAAAGACAUGAGGAAGAUGAGGAUUCUGAUUCAUUUUUGUUUGAGUUUUCAGAAGAUCCACUCUUGCCAAGCUAUAAUAUUCAAACAUCCUUUUCAAAGGGCUCAUGUAACUGGAUGCUGCUGUCUGAUGUUUUGAAAAGACUAAAGGUCUCUGCACGGAUAUUUCAGGCUCGCUACCCUCAUUUGGAGGUGACCAGCAUUGCAGAGGCAGAAUUUUACAAGCAGACAUCUUUAAGCCAACUUGUCCAGCCUCCUAAGGACUUGCAUUCGGGAGGCGGUGAUGAAAAUCGUAUUGUUGAGUUAGUUUGUUGUGUACCUGAGUUGUUAGCACUCUUGGGCUCUACGUUUCAUCGGGUAAAGGAUGACCUGGAUUCAAGUUGGGACUCUACCCGAUAGUGUUUCUAUGUUGUGUUCACUUCAGGUUUUCCUCUGCUAUGAUGACUAAACGUAAACGUAAGCAUUCAGUAAAUUCAGGGAUGUCUUUGGUUAUUUUUUCCAAAGGGAGUGAUGGUUAAUGGGUGCACAUCAGAAUGUCCUUUAUUUUAAAUUUGGCACUUUCACUUUAAUAUUUAAUUUUUCUUCCCAAAGACAAUAAUUUUGGUAAAAACCAUUGAAAAAGGGAAGAUAUAUCUUUAUGAUUUAUUUGGCUUUUCUCUGAAAAGCUUUUCAAGUUUGAUAUUCGUCAGGUUUUUGUUAGAAAAAUAAAAUCAUCUUCAAAGUCCAUGAGCUUGUAUUUCAGUUAAUAAUUGAUAGCAGAUACAAUUUUAAAAAUCAUCUUGCUCUUGGUUUACUGUACAUUAAUAUGUUGGUAACCAGAACAGAACCAAUAUAUAGCAGGUAUUAUGAAUGAAAGUGAACUGAUUGAAACAUAUACCUGCAAGCCUCAUAUUAGAAAAAUUAAAUCAUAAACAUUAUAUAUAAAUAUGUAUAUGAAACAGUAUUCCAGUCCUUAACCAAAAGGACUGUUUUUUAACUACUAUUUUUAGGGUUCUAUUGGUUAUAUUAACUGGGAACAGUGGCUUAUCGGAAGUUUAGAUUUUUAUUUUAUCUAAAAUUAAGUAGAUUUCACACUGCACUUUUAGAUGGUAUGUAUUUAAAGCUGAGCAAGUUAGUAAUUAAAGGAAGGCUUUUGUUGGCUAUGUACAGAAAUAUUUAAAAUUCACAUUUAAGAAAAAAAGUUAAACAUCUAAAAUAAGCCACACUUCAAACAUCUAAAAUAAGCCUAGUGUGGCUGUAAAAGACACCAGAAGAGAUAUAUUUAUAGCAAAUGAGUCGAGGUAUUUGUAAUUUAUUUUUGAAGUCAACAAGUUUCCUUAAUUGUUAACGCUCAUAAAAAGUUUAAAAUUGUCUGGUACAACCGUACCCAUUGUGCAUUUUCUUCUGCAAACUGCUUUCUUCAUCAAGUCUGCAGUAGGGUGGUACUUUUAAAAAAUCUCUGCUUAUUGACAGUAAAACAGAUUGGGUUUUAGAGCUUCUGCUUCCUGCCCACUGCCUCUCUUUGGGAAACAGUGAAUCCAGAAAGAAUGUAGAAAUACAAAAAACCUGAAGUGAGUAAAAAUGACUGUAAAAUGAUUAACUGUAAAAAGUCUUUAGAGAAACAGACAUUGCACAAAAUGUGGUUUACUCUGCUCCCAAAAGUAAACACAAGCAUACAAAUCUGCCUUCCUACCUGUGAAAAGGGGAAAACAAAGAAAAAAUUGGCUUUGUCAGUUAUAUUGUUGAUUCUACCAUGAACACUGGGAUUUAUUUUAUAAACUUACUAAGUACCA